UGAGGGAGUGAAGGGAGGAAACAGAAAGAAAGGCAUCGUGCAGCAGCGGGGAACUUUGGUUGAAGUUACAUCUGCUUCUGGGCUGCGGGGAGAAGAUGAGGAGUCUAAGCUAAAGUGGCCUCCCUUUCUUGCCCCCCCUUCCUCCCGCAGCGACCCUGUCCUGUUAACUGGUGCGUACGGAGACGAAAGGGCCCCGCCCACUUCUGCCGCGAGCUUGCUGGCUGCAGCUAUCAUGGAAGAACUAGCUGAGGAUGACAUUGAUAUCCUGAACCAUGAAAAAGCAGACACUCAUCACAGACAAGAUGGACAAUUUCCUACUCCAGUGUUUUCAGGAGAAGAAUCAGUUGCUUCACAUUUUGCCCUUGUCACUGCUUAUGAAGAUAUUAAAAAGCGUUUGAAAGAGACAGAAAGAGAAAAUUCUUUCUUAAAGAAAAGAGUAAGAUUGUUAGAAGAAAAGCUUCUUGAAUCUCAUUUGGAAGAAGCAACAAGUUCUGUGGGUCGUGAGCAAGUUAACAAAGCUUAUCAAGCAUAUCGGGAAUCUUGUAUUGAACGAGAUAAUCUGAAAAGUCAACUGGAUAAAACGAUGAAAGAGAACAUGGAAUAUGUGAAAAUCUUGAAUGAGCAGUUGCAGUCUAAAGAAGUAGAACUUUUACAGCUAAGAACAGAAGUGGAAACUCAACAAGUGAUGAAGAGUUUCAAUUCUAACCCAUCUAACUGGGAAAUAGACAAACUGAACAGUGAGCUGAAGAUGCACAAUUUGGAAGUGGAUUUGGAGAAACUGAGGGAAGAAUGCAACCAUCUUAGGAAGGAAUUGCAAAAAUCUGUUGAAUCCCAAGAAAGUUUAAUAAAUGGAGAGCUUAUCCAACAGCAAAAUAUCCAUAGUGAACGCAUUCAGCAGGUAUACAGAGAACUGAAGAGGGAGAUGUCUAAUUUGCAUCUGGUGACUGAAGUGCAAGUUGAGAUGCUGAAGAAGCUGAAACUUAUUCCAUCUACAACUAAGAAAGUGCCAUCCUAUACCUCUGUUCAGUGUAUUGAAGAUCUUGAAAGGGAUGCUACCAACCUCCACUUAGGUGCUUCAGGAGCAAUAUGCAAAAAUAGAUUACUUCAAACAAAUGAUGAUGUUUUUGGUAAUCUUGCAUCAUCCUCACCGUGUACUAAUGAGAAAUUUAGCUCUUCAUGUGAGUCUCCAUUUCUGGAACAUAACUCCUAUGGAAAAAAUUCUCUAGAAGAUAAUUCUUGGGUAUUUCCAAGCCCUCCAAAACCUAGUGAAACAGUAUUUUGGGAAAUGAAAAACAGAGUGACUCACUUAAACUUUCCAGGAAACAACUUGGAUCAGUAUAACCAAAAUUGCUUGCAUAAGAGCUAAGAACAGUAGAAGGAACUUGAAACUAAUCCUGAACAAGGUCUUGUACUUGUACUUGUUAGUAGAGGGUGGAGUAUAAUGAACUUGGAUGAGUUGGAUGAGAUUUUCCCUGUUAUCAAAACUUGAAAAACAGUGAGUACAAAUACGGUGAAUGAUUUGUUAUAUCCUCAAUUUUCUGAUUACCCAUUGACAGAUUUCUAAAAUAUUAAAUUGUGGAGGAAUAAAACAAAAGCAACAUGUGUUAUGAAUAAUAUGUACAUUCAAACAUGAAGCUAUGAAAAGGACUUAGUUUUUGGAUAAGUUUUGAUUUAAGGUCAGGUAAUUAAUAUAUUAAAUUCUGAAGCAAUCUCUGGCUUUUUAUUAAUGGAUAAUAUGCUGAAAAUGAGAUCAUUCAAUUUAUCAAUUUAUCCUCAGUACCUCAUGGUAAAAAAUUUUGAAAUAGGGUAAAAUGGAAAAGUUUCUAAAUGCUGCAGUAAAAUAUCACUUCACAAAUAAUAGCAUCAUGUAUUUAUUGCUUCCUUUUGGGGGGAUUUCCUGUCCAAAAUGCUAUAAUAGUUUUGAAGUGAAAUAUCCAGGCUCCUUAAUACAGCUAGGAAGAACUGUAACAUUCCAAAUAAUUUAAUCUUUCUGUGAUUCCACAUUUCUGAUAUAUUCUAUACUAAAGAAGAUGCAUUUGAUCCAAAAUAUAUGGGUAACCUGAUUGUUUUAAUAGCAUUGAAAUAAUUUUCUGUCUUUUCUGUCUCAUUUUAUUAGCAGUAAAUUUUGGUUGAUCUAUUAUACCCUCAAAUCAGUAGUGAUGAUUUUACCAGCAUAUAAAUGGAUAGAUUUCUAACAGCAGUUUUAUGUACCUGGAUUUGAGAUGCAGAAAGAGUGAGGGGAAAGGUCAGAAGGACCUGACAAUAUAAUGAUGGACCAGCUGCAAGUUUUGUUUACUUCAGUGCUCAAAUCUCAUCUGGUCAUUCCCUCAUGUACAAUUCAUGUAUCUUGCCAUUUUCCAUUUGUUUCUGAAUGUGUACUUGAAACAUGAAUAGAGAAAAGUAAAAUCUAUAGUGGAAGAAAUAAUUGUAUUUUUCUGAAAGAUAAAAAUUUUCCAUGUGGUUGUGUAGAUGAGCAGCACAACCAUAACAAUGUUAUUUCCCCUUCUUCCUGUGCAUUGCAUUUUGUAUAAUUCAGUACUGGUGCUUUCUUCCUUUUAUUACUAAAGAGAAUAUAAUCUGCGGAGCAAGGUGAAAGUGUGGAGAUUUUUUCCUGUGUUAAUGAAUGGCACACAUGAUGUUCCUCAGAUUUUUUUAAAAAUAUUGUCUUGUUCACAUAUCCUACCUUGUCUGUGAUUAAUGGAAAUAGUGUCAGAUGCAAGAAUUUAUUCUGACCAAUGAACAUAGCUGACUCAAGGGAGUACAAUCCUCCUGUAGAGUAAUAGAACAAACUCCAAUAUGCAUAUAAUAAAUCUAAGCCACUGAUUUCAACUGAUAGAAUCAACUACCUGUGUAAUAAAAAGAAGUAGAAGUAGCCAUUUCUGUGACUGCAUAGCUCUAAUGUUUCUCAGGACUGCUUUUUUGGAUUACAGAUUCUUGAAUAAGUUACCAUUAUUUAACAUGCCAAGCUGCUUCAUGUUUUUAAUGAUGUAUUGAGGAUCCAGCCAUGUUUUUAAAAAACUUACUUUUGUUUGAAACAAUUUUAUGCAAUUGAAACCUUUUUUAUUUUGAAUGCUCUGAACUGUAUAUUCAUCUAUGCUAAUUAAAAUCCUAAAUUUGAGUAAAUUCUGAUUCUAACCCAAUUUUGUAUCUGAGUGGAAAAUAAAAUCUGGAGUAGGUUUCAUUGUUAUAAUUAGGAAUGUGUAAACUUCUUUCAAUUUAGUAAUGUAGCAUUCUCUUCCCAUUCCAAAUCAAGACAUUCUUGGGGUAGAAAGGCUUUAAGUUGACCCUAACAUUUGACAGUUUCAUUUAUAUAUCUAAAAUAAUAUAAUCUUAUUUAAAAUUUAUAUUUUCAAAUAGAUCAAAGUAGAAUACAUUAGAAAAGAAAGUGGGGGGAAAAGCAAAUUAAACAACAGUACUAAGUAUAAAAGAUUGGGUGAUCCAUUUCUAAUUAUGCCUGUUGUGUUUUACCAGUUGCUCUGAGUUACUGAAGCGACAUUUUAAUCUCUUAAAACUCUAUGAUACAGAACCCUUGAAAAUCUAUAUUAAUGUGGUUUUCUUAAAAAAUUGUAUUCCUAGAUGGCUAAUUUAUAGAGAAUAAACAAUUUUUUUGAUCUGAGAAUGGCCUUUUGAUUCUCACUACUAUUGUUAAAAACUGGCAGGAGGGGUUUGUAUCAUGAAGCAUUCAUGACAUUAUAAAUUUGAAGUGCUUACAAGGUAAAUUUAAUCAUAGUUUGCUUCUUAAAUCUAUCAUUUUACUGGUGCUGAUGUAAAGAGAAUACAUUUUCUUUCAAGUUUCAUGCAGAUAGCAUCAUUUGAAAAAUUAUUUUGAGCUGCCAACUCUUGGAAUGAGAGUUUCUAGUGUCUGUCAUUAGUAAUAACUAGAAUUAAAGAUCAGCUGUUCCGUUAUUUUUUAAUCCAGAGCUAUGAAGUUAGGUUACACUAUGCUAAAUGCUACAACCCAAAUCGCAGAACAUUUAUUUUAAAAAUUGUAGUAGGAAAUAACAAGAAUACAGUUCUCUUAGAUCUUCAAUUAAAAAUCUACUUAGAAUACCAUAUGAUAUAAUCUAAAACAGUAAUCCCAAACUUUCUGUCUUGGCGAACCUGUAGAGGGAAUAGUUCCAUAUGAGUGGCAGGUGCGUAUGAUUGUGCACUUGCACGGGUGAUCUUCAUGUGCAAGCCCACCACUCACGCUAAUGCAGCUUUGUGGAUGAGUACGAGCACCCACUGCUUCCAUGGCCCGGUUCAUGGCAUAGUAGUGAACCAUGGCCUGGGGGGUUGGAGAUUCCUGAUCUAAAAUAAUAAAUCAGCAUUAAAAGAAGAACCUAUUUUUUUUCAAUUUUUAAAGCCCUGUGGCUCAGUUUUCUGAAAGCUAUUUUUUUUUUGCUAGUCUGUUGAGCUUCUUAAUUGCAUGAAAUUAUAGCCGAACCCUAGAAUAAUAGACUGCACAUGGACACCAAAUAGUUUAACAAAUCAAAGACUAGAACUCUCUAUAUCUUCAGCAAAUGCAUAUGUGCAUCUAUACACAUCCAAAAGUGCUUGCAAAGUAAAUUGCAGUACAUUGUUCAUGCAAUCCAUCCAAUCAUUUAUGGACUUUCCCAUAGCAAAGUUCAGAUAAAAGCCAUUUUCCAGGCAGGCUUUUGUCUGACCAUGUGUUUAAAUGUUCUUUCAACACUUCACUGCCCAUUCAUCCUGGCUAAAAGUGAUAGCAACAGGGACUUGACUCAUCUCUGCUGCAUUGGAUAGAAAACUUUGUAAAAAAAGCAGCCAAAUCAGAAGUUAUAAAUAACUGUAGGACUCCGAAUGGGACUGUGUUUUCUUUUUCAUGCACAGCACACUCAAAGCAGGUUCCAAAGAGAGCAGGCUCCAAAGUCAUAACCUUUUACACCUUGAUAUUCUUUACUGAUCAAUCUUUUAGUUCACUAGCUCCUUUUUUCAGAAAGAAUAAGGACCAUCUAUUUUAUAUGUAGAAACUCAACCAGUAAUCAAUGCAAAAGAAUGGGAAAGCUGGAAAAUCUUUGCCAUGUGCAAUAGAUUUUUUAAAUGAAAUGGGGGAAAAGUAUAUAGCAAGGAAAAAUCAAUUCAAUUUGUCAAUUUUGAGAUGAGUCAUUACAUACCUGUCAUUUAAUAUGACAUAAGUUAUACAAUAUAUUUUGUGAUAUAAUAUUCUUCACAUUAGAGGAAAAAGCAAGAUGCUAAAAUUUAUGAAGAUUUAUUUUCAUAUAUUUUGGAUGAGAACCAAUUCCCUGAGAAGCAUUUUUAUCAUAUAUUUGAAAAGGGUUGCAUAAGUAGUUAAAUAGAGACACAUUUUUAAUUCGAUGUUAUUAAAAUAGCCCCAGAUUACAAAGCUCACCCCCACAUUAUAAAGGUCAUUCUGUUACACACUUUUGUCUCGGCUUUCCACAUCACCUAUUUUAUCUGGAUUCUUUGAUAGGACAUUCAGUUCUAUUUCUUUGCAUCUCAGAUAUAACUCAAGAAAUCAUAUCUUAACACCACAAUACUGUAGAUUUUGAAGGUAGAAUUGAUGAAUAUCAGAUGUAAAGUGAUGUUGACACUGUCUUCACUCUUCAAAUAUUGUAUUUUAAAUCUUCUCACAAAUUCAAGUGGAUCAAAUGGAUCAAAAUUUAUUUCCCUAAAUUUAACGAUACCACAAAAAUAACAUUGGGAAAUAUUGCACAAACAAUGAAUUAUAGUAUAUGGCUAAGAAACCUAUGAGCUCUUAGUGAUUCUUUGAUUAAAAUGCAAAGGUAAUAUUACAUUUUCUGAAAUUUCCAGCAUUUAUAACCAGAGAUAGUGGAAUUUGUAGCUGUCUCUUUGCUUUUAUUAUUUAUUUUUAUAUCAUUCCUGUAAGGAAAUUGUUUUCCCACUAAACCUAGCAUAACUGGUGGUCAGUUAUAAUGGAAAUUAUAGUCUAAUAAUACCUGGAAUGUCAUGGGAUUCUUUCACAAUUAUUCUUUUGUUUUGAAAAUGAGUACUUGUUCUGAUUGAGAUGAGAAAAUAUAGGAAUAAAACUAUUAAAAAGUAUCCAAUGAUAGAGCACUCUGGGAAAAAAUGUCCUUAUUCAGAAUGUAUUGAAAUUCUGAGCAUAAGGAAGACUGUAGACUAGGCUUCUACUAUUUUGAAACAGGUGUUGCUUGGAAGAAUAUUUUAGAAUCUUUAUGCAAAGUAACAAAAGCACAGGCCCAGGUUUC